UCUCGGGGCCCCACCGUCAGCCUAAGGUCCUCUGUGUCGUCGUGUUGAGUACUCCAAGCUCUGGACGCCGCGAGAGACAAACUGAUGGACAUCAUCAAAGACAAACUAGAGAAUGACAAACAGGCGUUUGUCGGAUCCCUUGGUUCUUUGCCGCUGCCAGACUCCAGUUCUGCCUCCCAGCAUCUCCUGCUGUUCAUCUCAGCUCUGAUCCCUAAAGCUCUGGCCUCGCUGCUCACCUCCUUCACACUGGCUCUCAGUGGAGACCCGCAGACCCGCCGCCGACUAUUAGAAGACCCUGAUUACCUGCGCUUAGUGCUGCUGGAGGUUCAGAGACUUUGGCCUCCUUUUAUUGGUGGACGAAGAAUAACUGAUAAGGACUCCACGCUCGCAGGGUUUCAUGUCCCAAAGGAUUACGGGGCGAUCUAUAUCAGCCACUCCGUCCACCGGGACCCGGAGGUGUUCCAGCAGCCGGACGACUUCCUGCCGGAGAGAUGGAGCGGGAGGAACGCAGGCCAGGAGCACUUCCUGUGUUCAUUCGGCAACGGACCAAGAAACUGCAUUGGAACUAAACUUACAGAUGUCUUCCUUAAGGAAGCGUGCAUGUACCUGUUGAAUCACUACGACUGGUGUUUGGACCCGCCAUCUCAGGACCUCGAGUACAAAUGGCUGCCUGUGUCUCGCCCCGCCAACACCCCCACCGUCUCCUUCACCCAACUGGAUCAGACGCAAUCUGACAGGAGCAAUGACACCAGCUAGGGAUGCACAGUAUGUUAAGAGGUGCUGAUAAAGAAACAGAACAUAUGAGCACAUAAAAGAAAAGAGCUAGAGGCCUGAAUGCCAGUCUAGAAUGUGAAAAUGAAGCUGGAAAAAAAUGUGAACGCACACAGAGGGAUUCCAGAAAACUACAAGGCUUUCCCCUGCCGCCUAUUAUACAGUAAUUGUCCCGGGGAAAGCUGAGUGUUCCGGUUGCACUCUGUGUUCUCCUGCCAGAUAUUUGCACCUUGAUGAAUCUGCAACGAAGACAAAAUAAAUUACCCAUAAUCCUCAUUCCAUUGCUGAAUCUUACACUGAUAGACAGCAUUUUUUGGUCUGUAUAUAAAUUAGUAACUUAUUAUAAUUAAAAGAUCAACAUUAUUAAAUGUUAUAUAUUAGACUUUUAGUUUUACUGCGAUUCAUCUUCCUUUUUAACGUGGUGAAGAGAUUGAAAUAACCUCCAAACAGCUUUUUUAUGGUAGAAAUCAUAUUUUUUCCCCACACUGCAGUAUCAAUAUUUAAACCAAAAAAAGUCCAUGGAAACACACACACACACACACACACACACACACACACACACACACACACACACACGCACACACACACGCACACACACACGCACACACACACUAACCUAAUUAUUUUUGAUAGCAGUUGUCAGUGAUAAACUCACCAUCUGAAUCACAUGUAAAUAUGAGAGUGUUUGAGAGUGAGCGCCUACAUUUAAAAUAACCUUAGUAACCCUCGAUGAUUUUUAUUAGAACAUGAAUCAUAAGCUAAUUGCAGUUUCUGCUACAGUGAUUUGAAAGAUUUUUUUAAAUCCUAUUUAUUUAUAUUCAAGUGGUACACAUUCGUUAUAUUAUUUAACUUAAUCCGUUUGUUUGCAUACUUAUUUAAUUGCUUUUAAUAUGAUUGUUUAUGUUGUGUUAUGGUUUGAUGUACAGUAUGAGCCAGUGUAACAUUAUGUUAGUUAGUAUGACAUCUCAACUAUUAUUCUACUAAAAAUAAAUGUA